AUGAAGCGAGUCGCACGUCACGUCCAGAGCUGGUCCUCGAGUCGCGAGGAGGUCCGACUGCGUUUUCGCUGCACCGAGUGCGGCAAAUGCUGCACAGGCCGCGGCGGACGCGUCCGUGUGAACGACAGAGAGCUGCAGGAUCUAGCAGACGCUACAAACUUGUCGCGAGCGGCGUUCGAGCGGAGUUAUACGCGCGCCAUUGUCGACGAAGACGCUGCUGGCGCCAAAAAGACGCGCUUGGUGCUGAAACAGACGCCUGACGACCGCCAGUGCAUUUUCUUGAAUGGAUCAAAGUGCUCUGUGUACAAAGCGAGGCCGACUCAGUGUCGGACGUUUCCGUGGUGGCCACAGCAUCUCGUGUCGGACUAUGAUUGGCGACUUGCAGCUAAGGACUGUGAAGGGAUUCGUGUUGUGGACGCCCAAGGAGAUGGACAAGAAGACGAUUCUGGGCAUUCAUUUGAUGACGUGAUGCCGGAAGUAAUUAUUCAUGAGAUCCACAGAUCAGGUGAAAACUUUACAUACGAGGAGCUACAGAAAAUGCUGCGUGACUUGCGAGAAGUCGAGCCGGAGGUGGUGGCGCAGUAUAAGGCCGAGUUUUUCGACAAGUUUUCGAGACGAGUGGUUUUCAGUGACGACGAGGUCACGGUGCUCGAUAGUAUGGUCGAUGGACCCUCUCGUAGCUUCGUGUUCAAUGACCGGCUGCAGCUAACACAGAGUGAAGUGUCCCUCUUUCGAAUGCCGGACAUUCAUGAUGACACCGAGCCAGACUUCGAUCGGACGACUUUGGCUCUUGAGGUGCAUCGCGCGCUGUGCACGCCUCUCGCCUGGCUUCCCGAGCGUGACAGGAAGUCUAAACCAAUGCGUUUGUGUAUCUUGGGAGCUGGAGCGUGUACGCUCCCGCUGUUCCUUCUAGAACAUUUCUCGCCCCACGAGCUCGAGCGACUCGACGCUGUCGAGCCAAGCCAUCGGGUGAACGCCAUAGCAAAACGCUUUUUUGGGGUUACUUCAGCCUUAAAGCGUGACCAACGACUCGUGAUCCAUGAAAAAACCGGCGAGAAUUAUCUUGCGGAGCAAAAAGAGGGUGCUGCAUUUGACCUGUUGGUGCUGGAUGUCGAAACUGGUGAAAGCUGUGCUGGUGUAAGAGCACCACCGUCUGCAAUGCUCGAAGCAAAUUUUCUGAGUGCAGCAAAGCGUGUACUUGUUCCAAGUGGUAUUUUGGCAGUGAACGUGAUUACUGAAUCCGAUGCAGCGCUAGCGCAAGUGGAAGCCAAGCUCGGGCGCGUGUUCUCGCGUGGGUUGCGUCUCUCGCUGCCGGCUAACACAACUUUUUUCCUCUUUAACGAGGAGUGUGACAAUAGUGACACCUUACUAGAUGUGGAUCAGUACAGUCGAAUGGUCAGGGCCUGUUCGUUCCAGACGCAGCACGCGCAGACGCCAGCACUGUUGGGGCGAUGUCAGCUGACUGCAUGGGUCUCGAAUUCGUUAAGGUGCAAGUCAAAUGCACAGGUGUUUAGCAAACGUUAUACUUUGCUCUGCGCUUGCUAA